AUGUCAGCCGACUGGUUCCGGCGCCGCUUCCUGCCGAGGGGCCCGCUCCCCGCGCCGCGGCCACCUAGGCCCCGCGCCAGCCCCGUGCCCUACCGGCGGCCCCGCUUCCUGCGCGGCUCGGGCUCCAGCUCCGGCCCCACCGACGCCUCGCGCCGCCCGGACGCCCGGCCCGUGCGCAGCCCGGUGCGGGGCCGCUCGCUGCCCUGGAACGCAGGCUACGCCGAAAUCAUCAACGCAGAGAAAUCUGAGUUCAAUGAGGAUCAGGCGGCCUGUGGGAAGCUGUGCAUCCGGAGAUGUGAGUUUGGGGUUGAAGAGGACCAGGAAUGGCUGACCUUGUGCUCAGAGGAGUUCCUGACAGGUCAUUACUGGGCACUGUUUGAUGGGCAUGGCGGUCCAGCUGCAGCUAUCCUGGCUGCCAACACUCUGCACUCCUGUCUGCGCCGGCAGCUGGAGGCUGUGGUAGAGGGCAUGGUGGCCACUCAGCCCCCCAUGCACCUCAGCGGCCGCUGCAUCUGCCCCAGUGACCCCCAGUUCGUGGAGGAAAAGGGCAUUAGAACCGAAGACUUGGUGAUCGGGGCUCUGGAGAGUGCCUUUCAGGAGUGUGAUGAGGUGAUCGGGCGAGAGCUGGAGGCCUCAGGCCAGGUGGGUGGGUGCACAGCCCUGGUGGCUAUGUCUCUGAAGGGAAAGCUGUAUGUGGCCAAUGCUGGGGACAGCAGGGCCAUCCUGGUGCGGAGGGAUGAGGUACGGCCCCUGAGCUCCGAGUUCACCCCAGAGACUGAGCGGCAGCGGAUUCAGCAGCUGGCCUUCAUCUACCCUGAGCUUCUGGCUGGUGAGUUCACCCGACUGGAGUUCCCUCGGCGACUGAAGGGGGAUGACCUGGGGCAGAAGGUCUUGUUCAGGGAUCACCACAUGAGCGGCUGGAGCUACAAGUGUGUGGAGAAGUCGGAUCUCAAGUACCCACUGAUUCAUGGACAGGGUAGGCAGGCUCGGCUACUGGGAACUCUGGCUGUCUCCCGGGGUCUAGGAGACCAUCAACUCAGAGUCCUGGACACAAAUAUUCAGCUCAAGCCCUUCUUGCUAUCUGUCCCACAGGUGACUGUGCUCAAUAUGGACCAGCUGGAGCCCCAGGAGGAGGAUGUGGUUGUCAUGGCAACUGAUGGGCUCUGGGAUGUCCUGUCCAAUGAGCAAGUGGCACGGCUGGUUCGGCACUUCCUCCCUGGCAACCGAGAGGACCCACACAGGUUCUCGGAGCUGGCCAAGAUGCUGAUACGCAGCACACAGGGGAUGGAUGACAGUCCCAUACAGGAAGGGCAGGUGUCCUACGACGACGUCUCUGUGUUCGUGAUUCCCUUGCACCACCAGGGCCAGGGGCACAGUAGCCACUGA